CUUUAACAAUUUACAUGUCUACCUAAUCAUGGCAUUGUAAAAGCUAUCAGUGUUGGACAGCCGGAGCGCAUCUCUUUAUGUUGUAGCAGCUCAGCAGCGAUCCAGUGCAAUCAGACAAACCACUGUCCAACACCAAAUACAGACUGGCGGGGCGUGGCGCGGUGACUGCCGGGCGGAGCCGAGAGAUGUCGGUGAACUCUCCUACACAAAGGAAAAGCAAAACAAAGCCAGGAAGCCUGCCAUUACCCCGACAUUCGUGGCUUCUGCUGUAACUCGCUCACAUCCAGAAAACAGGAACACACUGAUUCGCUUUUGUCUUUAAGGAGCCAAUUUCCAAGACUUGAGACAGCGCUUUGUUCUGCUGCUGGGAAAGAGGAAAAUACCACCUAUGGGUGAUGCGUUGCGAUGAACGGGAGUCUGUGCGGCGCGGCUGACUGUCAGGUGGGCGGUGUCUUCUCGGUAGAGGGGCUGCCACCGCUGCCCAAGGGCCUGAGCGGCAUCCUGAACUCCAGCGGCGGGUCGUGGCGGGACAUCGAGAAGGUCCACAGCAAGAGAGCGCGCAUCCAGGCCGACAUCAGCCGGGGCGGCGGGGACGCGCCGCGCUGCGGUCAGGGCAAACCGGGCGGACUGGACGCGGCUCUGGCUCUGCUACGGAAAGAGAUGGUGGGUCUGCGUCAGCUCGACAUGUCUCUGCUGUGCCAGCUGUGGUCUCUCCAUGAGUCCAUCCAGGAGUACAAGGGCUCCUCGUUUCUGUCUGAGGGUUCGUUCAGUGCUGAUAAUGGAUACUCUGAGGAAGAGGAGGAGGAGGAGGAUGAAGUAGAGGAGGAGGAUGAGGAGGAGAAAGGGAUUCCCUCACAGCAGCCCUCUUCCUCGUCUUUGCGCCUGCCAGCACCCAACAGCAACUCCAGAGACCAGUGGAUCAAAGACUCCUUUCAGAUUCCUUGAUAUUUUAUACUUUAUAUGUGAUGGAAGAUUCAGAAACAUGGUUCAUGCACUUUGCGCUGUGAGGACACCAUGACUAUAUUUUCUCAACAAUCAUGUCUCUUUAACUUAAGGCCCCGUUUUCUAUAGUUUUUAUUGUCUAGAUAAUGUGUCCAGAUAGUAUAUCCACAUUUUUUUACUCUUUGCAAAUCAGUGCUUGUUUGAUAGAAAUCUAAUUGCACUUUUCAACCAAAAACAACUUUAUUUAACAAUCCAUUGAUGUGAUUGGAAAUGUUUUUGGAGGAACUUGUAACAUAAUUAGUGACAUACUGUAUGUGGCUUAUGCAAAUGCAUCCAUUUGCACUUGAAGGUCUUUUGAUUCAGAUUCAGUGUUUACUGGUCACACUUUGAUAGCAAUCUGAUUAGUUCAAGAUGCUUGAAGUGCCUACAGUAGGGCCUGAUACGGUGACAGUUCUCUCCAUAUAGUGUUGUAAUAGUCUGGAUUCAUGGGGAUACACCACACUUUUUGUCAUUACAUGUUUUCUCCACAUACACUACACGUCAGUAUUGCUUGGUAAUGUGAAUUACCAGGGUUUUUUUUACCAGGACUAUUUUACUUGUUUUUAAACUUUUUAAACUCUCUCUUUUCACUACUGUGCAGUUUUUCUGGCCAUGGGCAAAUUAAACUAAAGCAAGUCAAUGGCUUUGUAAUACGGGCAGUUGACAGUAAUAUGUAAACGUUUCCUUCCUGGAUGUUGUGUGCCGUAGCAGAAAUGAUGCCAGCUAGAAGAGAAAAAAUCAAGUGAGAACAGAUGUUAUCUGCUUUUACCUCUUAAUUGCGUCAGCUACAUGCUACUACAUGCUGUUUGGUGCUGUGCACCAAAUAGCACUGAACAUGAGCUGGGUGGGUUAUUUCUAUAGCAAUUAUUGUGAUGACUAUAAAUGGAGGUGUGGGGUGAAAUGAGGCCAGUUUGAUAACAUCUGAUACCUGUUUGUAGUUUCCUGAUCAUUCCAGACUUUUCAGAUUCUGUCUUAUGACAGUUUUUUUUUACAGUAUUAGUGGCCAUUUAGUGUCUUGAGGCGCUGUCAAUCAAUCAUCUGUAUUCUCUUUCAAAAUCAACUGAAUUGAUGUGAAGCUUCAAUUCAAAAGUAUCACAUCUUUCAGACCCAACGAUUGUUUUGAAAAUUAUUUUUAGCUUGUUAGUCUGUGAAACCAGACAUUAAUAAAUCCUCCUUUUGAUUUAUAAGAUACAAAAAUGCAUGCAUAGUAACUUGUAUGAAUAUUUUUGUAUUAAUUAUUGGAUGAAUUUGCCUCAUCUUGAGACUUCACAAGCCCAAACUCAUAAAAGACUUGAAGAUCUGUUGUGAUUCUGCACUGAGGUCUUGGAUGUAGACACAUUAAGCUGUCUUUAAUUGCUCAUAAGUCAUGAGCUUUUUCCAGUAUUUUUGUCAGUAGGUAGCAUUUAAAUGAAAGCAGCUCCUUAAUAUACUAUUAAUCAAUAUCAUUCCAAUCAGUUCAGUAUUUUUGAAAUAGUGAGCUCCUUUGAAUCAGUGUUUUGUUUAUAACUCCUCAGAUUGAGAACUUUACAAGGAAUCUGUCAGUGGUUUGACAAAGCCAUGAAAUUACUUUAUGUAACUUUGUUUAGUGUCUUUAUCAUUUUUGUAUCUAAAUCUUAAAAUAAAACCACAGUGUAUACCACA